UUCUUGUAGUGUUUCAUUUCAUCUAUCUAAUUAUCCCUUUUUUUCAGCUGUGAACAAUCAACUAUGAGAGGCUGCGCGUUGUCGUUAACCACCAAUAGCAUCAUCAAUUCCAUUCCUUUUCUUCACAUUGAUACUUCUCAUUCUCAACAUUCAUUUCCAUUCCCAUCUCAAUCUCUCACCAUUCACAACCCAACACCCUCAACUUCACUUUCUAUCCAUUAUCAUCAUCCAUUCUCUCCAACUUCAAUCCAUGCCCAACAACACCAGAACCAACAACUACAUGAUGAUAGUGUUGAAGAAGAAGAAAGCUUUCAAAUUCUAACAUCUGUGAAAACUGAUUACAAUGAUAUCAUGAUUGUGGAAACUCCUAAUUCUAGAAUGCUUCUCCUUGAUUCAUCUCAUAAUGUUCAUAGCAUUCUUUACAAGGAGCGAAAAUGGACGAAUUCAUACUGGGACGAAUUUGCCAGCUUGCCAGCCAUUGUUCCAAAAGGCCCUAUUGCUAUCUUAGGUUUGGGUGGUGGAACUGCUGCUCAUCUGAUGCUUGAAUUAUGGCCUUCACUGCAACUUGAAGGAUGGGAGAUUGAUGACAUUUUGAUCGAUAAAGCAAGAGAUUACUUUGGUUUAUCUGAUCUGGAGAAGCCAACAGAAGAGGGUGGCAUUCUAAAUGUUCAUAUCGGCGAUGUCUUCGUUCCCUCUGAGGAUUUGCACAAAAGAUAUGCAGGAAUUGUAGUUGACUUGUUCUCUGAUGGAAAAGUUUUGCCUCAACUGCAAGAGGUUAGUACAUGGUUGGAAUUACGGGAUAGAUUGAUGGCCAAUGGUCGUUUUAUGGUGAACUGUGGCGGCAUUGACGACGUGGAGUCACGUGUUGCAUUUGGAAGUAAUGAUCCAGAAAAUUUAUCAAAUGAUGAAGCAUGGUUAUUAAAUGCAGCAAUGAAAGCAUUAUCCAAAGCAUUUCCUGGGCAAGUAAGUUGGAAGAGAAUGCCGAAGAAAACCGGUGAGAAUUUUAUGGCACUGACAGGAGUCUUGCCUGAUUUUAAAUCUUGGUCUGCUAAUGUCCCAUCUCCAUUGAGCACAGGAGUGAUGGAUUGGAAACCUUGUGGAAUGGUUUCUAUAGUUUGAUCUUUACCACUUCAUAGUUAAAGUGAAAAUGUUUUGAGAAUAUUUCAAAUUAAUUUCCUUUUGUCAUUUUCUUGAAGAUAAACGUAGAUGUAUAUUGUGACAUCCAUAACACAGGGAAUCGUCGCAAGAUUUUAGAGACCUCAGUUAGCUGCAGUUUAAUCAUGACGAAAUUUUGCAUGUCUUUAAAGAUAACACCUCAGGUACAAAAAAGAGCAUUAUAUGUGAAAUUGUUGCACCAAUUGUUAACAAAAAGAUUGAGAAUAUGGCUUUCAAUUUCAA